CUCAUACUACUUUAUUUUUAUUAGAAAAUGAUGCAAGAAAAUAUGAUGUUUGAACAUGAACAUCCAUUUAGUCUUAUAGACUUGUGGUCGGAGCAACUGCAACGUGAAGCAGAGUCUGAAGAAGACGAGGAGGAGAAGGAUGAUAUUUUAAUUGCAAAACAAGACUUUAAAUGUUUAUGUUCCAGAUGUGGGGAAGACAUCAACUGGUAUCAUAGGUAUUACUACUCUUGUUGUCAUUGUAGUGACUACUGUGUUCAUAAAUUUUGUGCAGAGCUUCCAAAAAGAGUGGAAGACUUUUGUGUGGUUGGUCAUACUCUUGACCUCACCCAAACGGCGCCCAGUUGGAGCUGGAACUGUAAUAAUUGUGGUAGGUAUCAUAAGUCUGGAGAUUUGUGGUAUCGUUGUGAUCGUUGUUAUUUUUAUUUUGAUGUAAAUUGUGGUACGAAAAUGCUACAAAAAAAUGUCAUCCAUCAUCCUAGCCACAAACACCCGGUAAGUUGCAUCUCAAAACAACUUUUAACCAAGUGUGAUGCAUGUGGGAAGGAACAUAAGGGGAACUUCUAUCAUUGUUCCAUUUGUCUCUGGCCUAAAAUGAUUCAUAGUGAUUGUGCUUUUCUACCACAAAAGUUGCAAAUCCAAGAUACUACAAAUGAUGUCUUUUCCCAUAUCCAUCAUCUCACCCUUGCUUAUUCCUUUCCAUACGAUGAUCAAAGAUCUAAAAACUGGCAAGGGUGUAGGGUAUGUCGUAAGGGGUUUAGUGAUCAACCAAAUCUUUGGAUUUAUAAAUGCGAGAAAUGCAGAUACUAUACCCAUCUAGAUUGCGCAACAUCAAGAAAUGAGCCAUUCAUGUCAAUCCUCAAGUCUCCAGGUACAAGCACUAAAAACUACAAAGAUGAUGAACAUCUUGAUCUUCUUCAUCUACCGUUUCCCGAUCCAUCUUACAGCAUACUAAAACACUUGUUUUCCAAGGAAAAAGCACAAGGUAUUAUUCAUAAACACCCUCUAAUUCUAGAGGAUAUCACAAUCCCCACCUCUUCUAGAAAAAAAUCAAUAUCCUAUCAUGACCCAAUGAAGAGGAUUCAACUUUUGUGCGACGUGUGUGUGCGACCAAUUACGAAUGGCCCAAUUUACGUGUGUGACAAUAAGGGGCAAUGCAACUUUGUGCUCCACGAGUGGUGCUCCCGGCUACCUGCUGAACUGAAAGACCACCCUGCUCACCACCAACACACCCUAGUUCUCCAUUCAAAAGCCCCUCGUAAGUUUUUUGGGGUGUUUUGGUGUGAUAUUUGCAGGUUACCUUGUAAUGGAUUUGCCUAUUGUUGUAUGGAUUGCAACAACUGCAUCUUUGACGUUCACUGCGCCUUCUUACCAAAAGAAAUCACUCAUACUUCUCACCCAAAUCACCUCUUUUCUAGGGUUCAUCACGGAGCUUGGGAUAAUUGGUGUUGUAUUUGUCGGUGUUAUACGGAUAUGAAUUAUUUUUCUUGCCGUACUUGUAAUGAUUUUAGUCUACACGCCAAGUGUGCUUUGUUUAUAUCGGAGACAACUUGGAACAAGUGUGACAAGCAUCCUAUGAAGCUGAGUUACUUUCCGAUUGAGAACCAUAAGAGUGACUAUUUUUGUGAAGUUUGCGAGCGAGAACUUAUUCCUGAGCGUCCAUUCUAUCACUGUCAUGAGUGUAUGCAGUCUAUGCAUACAACUUGUGCUCCCUCAAUACUUCAGUAUGAAACAUAUGACAGAGAUGACAAAGGCGUUUAUGAGUUUGUAAAUGUGAAGUUUGGGGGCAGAUAUGAGAAUAGUAAAGUGCAUCCACACCCCCUUUCUUUCGUUCAAGGGAUUCAAGACGAUGGUCAAUGUCACAAGUGUGGUUGUAGACUCCAAUUCAAAAUGAUCUUUAAGUGUUUAACUUGUGAGUUUGCAGUUGAUUAUGAUUGUUGUAGUGAGACAUCUGAGUAAGUAACAUAUAUAAUUGUUGGUCCGCAUGUCUCAAAUACAGUAUGUGUUCUAUUUUGUAAUUCAUGUUUGUUUACGUUCAUUAUUUUGAUUUCCAACCCCCUCUGUUCCAUUGUGGUUAAAUCCGGAUUCUGUCAGGACCGAUGAAAAUAAACCCUUUCUGGCCUACAAUCCAAUAUGAAGACGAAUUCUCAACCCCUGUUCCAUUAUUUUGAUGUCAGAUUACUACAAUUGUUCAGUGUUCUUGAUGAGUUCCAACCAUGGCCGGUGAUUGCAUUUUCA